AGAGACCGGCAAAACAAGCAUUUGUGAGGCGCCUCCUACGUGCCCGGCAUCAGCCUCAGAGCCGGGGCCCCAAGUAGAAGGAAUGAAACAAUCCCUGCUCACAAAGAGCUUACAUUUGAACGGAGGAGAUGGCAAGAACGUUAUGGAUACAUACAGCAUAAAUAUAUACAGUUCUUAAAUACGUAUUUGAUAGACUUAAUUAGCGAUACAAAAUAAUUAAGUAGCCGGUAGUUUAGAAGGGAGGGCACUAGUGGUUGGGUGGGAGUCUUGCAAAGAUGGUGCUCGAACUUUUUUUAUAUUCAUCUGAAUUUAUAGAAUAAACUCAAGGAAGAAAAGUAUAGUAUGAUGAAUACUGGAAAAUGAACUUAGUUUCAAAAGCUUCCACUUUGACCUUCUCCUGAUGCCACUAGUUCCCCAAGACAGAAAAAAGUCUACAUUGGACAGGGAAUAUAGCUUGACAGCCUUUUAAUGAUGGGUCCGAAGAAGCUACCACUGGAUACAAGUGAGAGUGACUCUGAGGAGCUGCCAACAUUUACAUUUCUGAAACAGAAGCCAUCUUUGACAAAGAGCGGCCAAGUUGUGGUCCACAGCUCAGAUGCGGAGUGUUCCUCUUCUUCUCCUGUUGCUCUCCAAGAGGCCGCCAGAACUGUUUCCCCAGAAGAGCCAGUUACAGUGCUAAGCAGUGAGAGUGAAGAGGGAGAGGAGCUUAUUCCGCUGGUGCAGAGACUUCAGUGCAGAACAACAUAUAGUUUUUCUAAAGCACAAGAAUCAAGUCAUCAGGACUCAAGCUCCCAAACUAAAUGUGCUUUGAGCCAUCAGCACAAUGAAGGAACAGCAGAAGAAUGGAAAGAACAGCCCUUUCCAAAGACCCUUGUUCUCUCUAAUUCUUCCUCAGUUAAAGAGGUUUCAAAGAAUGACGGGGACGUUGUUGAAGAAGAACCACACAAUUAUCUUCCAGCCUACUCAUCUGUCUUCCCAGUCCAGAUUAGAAAUGUGUCAGCCACGGAGAAAAGUUCAGUGCUCUCUCCUUCCCCAAAGAGAACUAAGUACGCUCAGAAGGAGAGGGGGAAAGGCUGGCAGGGUCCCCUCCAGACCCAAAGGAAACAGAAAGAAAGUGAGCAGAGACAGCAAGAGAGAGAAAGGAAGAAAGCCCUGGCCAACAUGCUAAAAGCACAGAAGCCAGAGGCAUGUCUGAAGCACAUCACAGUUGUAUUAGAUCCAGCUCUCUUACAGCUUGAUGGUGGUGGUCAGAUCCUCAGUGCUCUGCAAGCUAUGGAGUGUCACUGUGCGAUUGAGGCACAGACCAUUCCAUGUAGCAUCACUUGGAAGAGGAGAGCCAGCCUGUCUCAGGCUGAAGAGGGAAACUUGAUGGAAGAACCUUUCCUUCUGGUCCUGCUCCGGGAAAAGGAGUUUAUGACCAUGAUCUACAAUUCAAAGCAGGAUGGCCCUGAAGGGAAAGAAACUCUGCAGAGCUUUGUAACCUGGGUCACAACAAAGACAUUAGGGAAGACUCUGUCACUGGCAGUCAUGGAACAGGAAAAAUAUUUUAGCUCUCCAAAACCCCAGAGGAGGAAAAAACAGGGAGUCACAGUGAAUAGAGAUCAAGCCAAGGGGAAGGUAAAUCAGAAGGGAUCAAAGGAGAACAGAGAAUUUGCUCCAGUAUUGUCCAGGGUAGAUGUAGAAAUGGCUUUGGUGGAGUUGCAGCUUCACACAGAAGCCCAGAUUAGAAUCCUGAAGAGCUGGAAGGAGCUGGCUGACUUCAUCUGUAUGUUCACCAAGGCUGUGGCUGAGGCACCCUUCAAGAGAUCUCGGGAUCAGACUAAUUUUUCCUUCUGUCUGGCGAGUGAUUGGGCUGGAGGGGUAAAGGUGGACUGCUCUGGCAAGGGACUUACACUGGUCUGGAGGAGGCAGAUUCAACAGCUAAAUCGAGUUAGCUUGGAGAUUGCCAGUGCAAUCGUAAGCGCCUAUCCCUCACCUCGGCUCUUGCUACAGGCAUAUCAGCAGUGUUUAUCCGAGCAAGAAUGUCACAAUCUGCUUGCAGACAUCCAGGUGCGCCGAGGGGAGGGUGUAACAACUACUUCUCGACGAGUUGGGCCAGAGCUCUCUAGGCGCAUCUAUUUUCAGAUGACCACUUUGCAGCCAGACCUCUCUCUGGAUGGCACAUAG